GCGACCGCGGCGCUUCGGCGUUCACUCGCGCUACGACUCGCCUCCCGAUCACUCGGGGCGGCGUCCCGGUUCCAAGCGACAUUACGACCGCGCGCGCAAGCAGCGGUUGGCGCGUGGGCAGCAUGCCGCGCGCCGGCGCACUUCUGCUGGCGUUAGCGGCUAUACUCCUCGCCACUGAGUGGACACACGCCUCUUACAUUGAUCCUGGAGACGAGGACGUGGAAGUGAACCUGUCUGACUACGGAGAAGAUCCAGCCGACUUGCAGAUGCUCCAGGACGUUGGGAAACGAUCGUCGCUGAUCUACGUUUUCAGACGCGCCUGCAUCCGGCGAGGAGGGAACUGCGACCACCGGCCCGGCGACUGCUGCCACUCCUCCUCCUGCCGCUGCAAUCUCUGGGGCUCCAACUGCCGCUGCCAGCGCAUGGGCCUCUUCCAGAAGUGGGGGUAGACCCUCCCCCCCACCAGCUCCCAUGAAGCGGCGCCCAGCUCCCGCCAGCCGACUUGGCCGCCGCUCCAGUGGACGCCACAACCACAGCAUUUACCAACGGACCCAUUCUUUUCAUUACUUUCUUCCUAUCGCUUAGAGAGAUCGAAAACAGGGACCUAGUUUAGUUCGGAAAUAUUUUUGGACCAUUUAUACAAAAUUUUAGGAUGUUCUUUUCCAAAUUGAAUUAGAAUUUAUGUUUCGUUUUGCUCAUUCUUUCUCUGAUUGAGCCGAGUGUCCGCUUACGUGGUUGGGCAAUCACCCAGCCUUAUUGCCCAAUCAGUACGCUCGACGUCGUACCCGGCCAAUCAGACUCCGACAACUGCCUCUGGCGAUUUGUUCCUGGAAUAUACUUUAGUUUGCUUUAAUUUCUACCAACGGACAACCGCUAAGAGGCAGUUCUAUUCUAUUGCAAAUGUAUGUAUGUAGAGUUAAGUAAGCUAACGUAGUGAAGCAGUAGCUGCUAAAUUGGUGGUAAACUUAUGUCAAUAGGAAGUAGUAAAUAUGACAAAAUAGAAAAAAAAUAUAAAUGUAACUUUUAAAGUAAAUGUUUUAGUCAUAUAAGAGACUAACGGUAAUGAAAACUUGGUGAAAGACGCUGUAAUAAGCCUUUAUAUAAACAACGCCACUUGUAAUUGCGAUUGGCAACCUAGAUUUUUAGCUAACAUGUCGUCUAUAUGGUUAUCAUUCAUAUGGUUAAUGAACGAAUCUUAAUGUACCUACUUACUCUAUGUGACUCUCAGACAGGGGGUAUAAUGGUAUUGCAGCCUAGUAGAUCUUCUGUACUUAGCUUCUAUGAUGUAUGUUCCUCACGGAAUAUAAUUGUAUUAUUACUUAUAUUGGAAUAUGGAAAAUGAUAAAUUAUAUUAAUAAAUGUUUAUGGACGA